UUGUCUCAUUGAUUGAGACAAGUGGGUGUCCACCCCAAAGUGCUGCACGUCAUGAUGACACUCGUCGGUCUCGAUCAAUGAGAGAAUAUUUGAAAUAGACAAGAUGGCGGCGUAGACAUUGUUGGAUUUUAUCAUGAUUACAUUUAAUAACAGAGCAUUUUCUAAAUUCAAACGAACCCCCUGCAACUAGACAUGGAUGUUUAAAAGACUGGGUGUCUUCCAAGUCCGGAAUUGAGAAAGUAUCGCCAAGUUAAGGGAGAGAGUUAUACUGUGAGUCGCCAUCAUCAUCAUGGCAGACUUUGACCAUGACCAGCAGGAGCCUGCAGGACUAGAUGGCUUGCCAGCCAUGUACAGUAUUGUGAAGGGAGAGGUGGCUUCUGUACAGACCUACGGAGCCUUCAUCAAGAUUCCUGGCUACAGGAAGCAGGGGUUGGUCCAUAUCAGUGAGUUGUCAGCCUGUAGGGUUGAGAAUGUUGCAGAAGUCGUCGACGUGGGAGAGCAGGUGUGGAUCAAGGUCAUCGGGAGAGAGAUGCGUGAUGACAAGGUGAAGCUCUCCUUCUCAAUGAAAGCUGUCAAUCAAGGAACAGGGAAAGACCUGGACCCCAACAAUGUCAUAGCAGAGCAGGAUGAGCGGAGGCGUAGACAGUUCAAAGAUGGUACAGGACGGAGGAUCACAUUGGAGGCUGUACUCAACACCACCUGCAAGAAGUGUGGCUGCAAAGGUCUCUUUGCUAAGGAUUGUUUCUCGGCCCCAGGCUGCACCUAUCAACCCCAACCUCAUUCCCCUAGCAGUCCGCAAAACCCAACCUCCACAGGACUCACACAGAAGAAGAAAAGGAGAAAAAAAGAGAAAAAGGAGAAGAAGGGAAAGAAGAAGAAGAGGAAGAGAGAGAGGAAGGAGUCCGAAAGUGACAGCAGCAGCAGUGGACCCAGUCAGGCCAAGAGAGGGCGCCAUGACGACAGAGAGGACAGAAAGAAGAAGAAACACAAGAAGCACAAGUCCCACAAACACAUCUGAGACUGAUCUGAUGGACUGACACACAUUGCACUAAACACACACAAAUUACACUGUAGACACACAUACACACAGUUAAAAUGUGAACACGCACAUACACAGCGUAGACUUGGAUGGACACACACACAAGUUGACGCAACAGUCAGAAGCCCCUCAUAGCCCCUUGCCCCUACCGUCUGACACAUGCAGAUCCAUAGAAACCUGAUAGGUGUUAGCAAUAUGGCAGCUUCCCUGAGCCCAUCGGAAAGUGAAGUAUAUAUUGCACCUAUCCAGUUCCCUCAGAUCUACCUUUAACACUGAAGAGGUUAGUAUUGUUUUCAGGACGACAGUAUAGGUGUCUCAGAUCCCACAACACCUGGAGUUAACAUCUCAGGAACCAUAUCAAGACGUUGUAAUCUGUGCAGGCCUGUGCUGUGUUAGUAAUGUGUGUAUCUGGAAC